AUGCCCAAGGUAACCUGGUGCCUGACUAAGCUGCGCUUAACGAUCAUAGAAAAACCAUUUCUUUCUUUCCUUCUCAGACCUUUUUCUUUCUUUCUUUCCUUCCUUCUCAGAUCUUUUUCUUUCUUUCCUUCCUUCUCAGAUCUUUCUUUCUUUCCUUCCUUCCUUCUCAGAUCUUUCUUUCUUUCCUUCCUUCCUUCUCAGAUCUUUCUUUCUUUCUUUCCUUCCUUCCUUCUCAGAUCUUUCUUUCUUUCCUUCCUUCCUUCUCAGAUCUUUCUUUCUCCCUUUCAGAUUUCUUUCUUCCUUCCAGAUUUUUUUUUCUUCCUUUCAGAUUUAAUUCUUUUCCUUCUCCCUUUCAGAUUUAUUUCUUUUCCUUCUCCCUUUCAGAUUUAUUUCUUUUCCUUCUCCCUUUCAGAUUUCUUGCUCUUUCCUUGUCCAUUUCAGAUUUCUUGCUCUUUCCUUGUCCAUUUCAGAUUUCUUGCUCUUUCCUUGUCCAUUUCAGAUUUCUUGCUCUUUCCUUGUCCAUUUCAGAUUUCUUGCUCUUUCCUUGUCCAUUUCAGAUUUCUUGCUCUUUCCUUGUCCAUUUCAGAUUUCUUGCUCUUUCCUUCUCCCUUCUAA